GGGCAAUGCUUAGGGCCAACAGUAAGAUGAUUGCUUAAUUGACCGGUCGACUACUGAUUGUAGCCUACUCCCUUUCAUUCUGGUGACGCCCCCCACGUUAAUUGUGUGCAUCUUACCAACAUCCAUCCAUUGAGGAGGCAAUAUUCGACAUUUCUGUCUCUGCUUCAGAUUCAAAGCAAGCCAAACGGGAACUUGUACAGAAAUUCAACUUCAGUCGGAUCCAUGGUGGUAACAUAAAACAACAAAUAGUGUGCGACGAACUGUAUGGAAGACCCCGGCAAAUGUUCCCGCGCAAGUGACGUCACUUCCAAGGAGGCGGUGUCAGGAAACGUCAGAAAUUGGAUUUCAGAGAAUGCUGGCCGCCAGAGCCCUUCGUCUUGUUGGCAGACGUGCCAUUUCCACAUCGGUCUGUGUACGUGGGGGACAUGGAGUCGCGAAGGUAGAUGACUAUGCCCUGCCGGCCUACUUCGACCGGCGGGAGAACCCUCUGCCGGAGAUCCGCUAUGUGCAGGACCUGAGCUCGGAGCAGAAGUCCCUGAAGGAGAAGGAGAAGGGCUCCUGGGCCACGCUCUCCAAUGAGGAGAAGAUCGCACUGUACCGCAUCAGCUUCAAUCAGAGCUUUGCUGAGAUGAACCAGGGCAGUGCACAGUGGAAGUCGGUGGUCGCGGGGAUGUUCUUCUUCUUCGGCUUGACCGGCCUGGUGGUUCUGUGGCAGAGGAAGUUCGUGUACGGCCCGGUGCCUCACACUUUUGAAAAAGAGUGGAAGGAGAAGGAGCUUCAGAGGAUGCUUGACAUGAGGGUCAACCCAGUGGAGGGCUUCUCUUCCCAGUGGGACUACGAGAACAAGCAAUGGAAGAAGUAAAUCGCCCAAGGGGACCAUCAAUCACCGCCACCCUAUAAAAUAAGACGACAGACGACACAAGGAUAUGUCCAAACAGAUAUCUCUGUAUUUAUCAAUUGUUCAAAUUACCUCAGACUCUGCAUUCUGGAAGGCCUCUUCCUCUUACGGUCGUUAUGUAUUUUAGAGAUGAGAAUAAAAGUUCCUAUGUUUCCCCAA